UUUCAUGUCGGGGCUAAUUUUCUUCUGGUUGUAAAAUGGGAAGGUUUGCAGGAUGUUCAAGGCGUGGAAGAAUCAAAAACCCUUCAGAGGAGGACAAUGGAUUUGCAAGAUGGGGUGGUUAUAUGGAAGCAAAGAAGACGAAGCUUUUGCAACAGUUUACCUCAGCAGAAGUGGAGAAAGUUUCUGAUAUCUUUCAAGGCGUGGCAAUACAUGUGAAUGGUUUAACAAGACCACCUGCGGAUGAGUUGAAAAAUCUUAUGGCUGCGCACGGGGGCUUAUUUCACAUGUACCAGGUUUCGAGCACCACUCAUAUCAUAGCUUCCAAUUUACCGAACGUUAAGAUUAAACAGUUGGGCACUACACCAAUUGUAAAACCGGGAUGGAUAGUCGAUAGUAUAUCUUUGGGUAAAUUACUGGAUUACCGCAGAUAUCUCCUCUAUACAAAUCAAAGCUUUACGCAACCAAGAAUUGAUUUCCCUGUUAUAGAGAAACAUUCACCAGAUCCAAAGGAAGCAGAAACUAAAGAAAGUGUUUCUCCAUACAGUAUUUUAGAAAGUGUAACGGAAAAUUCUGCUUCUGUCUCUGUCGCUGAAAAAAAUAUUGAACAGAGAAGAGGUCCAACUAAAACUGCGGCAGAUCCAAAAUUCUUGGAAGAAUUUUACAAUAAUUCCAGGCUACAUCUGAUAUCUACACUGGGUGCUGAAUUUAAGCAACUAGUGGGUCAAUUGAGGGAUAAAUCUAAUGGAAAAUUUCCCGGGAAAGACAAACUUGUAGAAACUAAAGGUAAAACAACUGCUUAUGUAUUACCAAAUUCAGUGAUUAUGCACAUAGACAUGGACUGCUUUUUCGUUUCCGUUGGCUUACGGAACCACCCUGAACUACGAGGCAAACCGGUGGCUAUUACCCAUGCCCGAAACGGCCAAAUUUCCAGCAGUAGACCCGAGCGUAAAGCUAACAGAGAACAGGAGUUUGCUCUGUACAGCGAGAGGUUACCAGAAGGUACUACUUCUCGGAUAGCCAAAAUAGACGCGAAUUCCAGCAUGUCUGAGAUCGCCAGUUGCAGCUACGAAGCCAGGAAGUGCGGCAUAAAAAACGGAAUGUUCCUUGGACAAGCUGUUAAGUUGUGUCCCGAGUUGAAAACUCUACCGUACGAUUUCGAAGGGUACAGAGAAGUAUCCAAUUCUUUAUAUAAAACCAUAGCAUCCUACACUUUGGAUAUCGAGGCUGUAAGUUGUGACGAGAUGUACGUCGAUGUCACUAGCAUUCUUAAAGAAACGGGGCUAUCUGUCGAUGAAUGGGCGACCCACAUCAGAAACGAAAUUAUGACGAUCACCAGGUGCCCUUGUUCCACAGGUUUCGGUGCGAAUCGUCUUCAAGCUAGACUUGCCACCCGCAAAGCAAAACCAUCGGGUCAGUAUUACCUACAAGCUGAUGAUGUAGAGAUGUACAUGGUAGAGAUACCUUUAGCAGAUUUACCAGGAGUCGGUUACGCUACGCUGUCGAAACUCAAAAAUUUAGGACUCGUUACUUGUGGGGAUGUACAAGUGGCGUCGCUGGCUGUCAUCCAAAACGAAAUAGGCAAUAAAGCAGGGGAAACCCUCAAGGAACAAUCCAGAGGCAUCGAUAGAAGGCCUUUAAAUUUUCAUCAUGAAAGGAAAUCUGUUUCAGCAGAAGUGAACUAUGGUAUAAGGUUCAAAACGUUGGACGAGUGCUACAAUUUUUUACAGAGCCUGUCAAAGGAGGUGUACAAUCGAUUAAACGACAUUGGAAUGAGAGCUAGGUGUGUAACGUUGAAACUAUUAAUAAGAGCAGCGGAUGCGCCAGUGGAAACUGCAAAAUUCUUAGGCUGUGGUGUGUGCGACAGCCUCACAAAAAGCUCAUCGAACGUUAUUAUCAACGAUCCUCAUAUAAUAUACCGGGAAGUUAAAAAUUUAUAUGACAAGUUAAACCCACCUUUUGUUGAUUUGAGGGGCGUCGGAAUCCAGUUGACAAAAUUAGAAAAGAACGCGCCCAUGAACAAAGCACUGAGUAAUUUCUUGAAACAAACCCCCAAAAAACAAAACCACACCGAGAAAAACGCUACAGUAACUACUGCUGUUGCUAGUAAUACGGAUCUAAAGGAAAAUAAAAAAGUGGAGACAAUACGAACUGUAUUUCCUGAACUAGAUGCUUCGAAAAAUUCAUCGUCUAGACAGAGCUCAUUAAAAUCAGGAAGAGGCAGGCCUAGAGGCGGAAAAGCUUCCAUCGGCAAACAAAUGUCAAAAAAUAGAGCACCUACUCCCGUAAACAAGUUUUUUGUGAAAAAUAAAAGCGUUGAAAAUCAUAGGAAAGUGCAAAAGCGCAAUGACACAGCUCACCAGAUUGAUUUAAACGUACUAAACGAACUACCCGAGGAACUGAGGAAUGAAGUCAUAAAAGAAUAUGGCUUAGAACUCAAGGUUAAAGAGUCUACGAAAAUAACAGAGCCUAAACUUUCAGAAAACAAGCCAACGCAAGUAAAGUUGAAAAAAGAUUCUAUUAAAACGGAAAGCGCUGCUAAAAGUGUAACAACUAAAAGGAACCCUUUCCAAGGGCUGAGUUGGGAACGAAUCAAGCCGAUUAUUAGAAAGUGGGUGCAAUCCGGCAAGCAGCCUUCCGAAAUCGAUGUCAUGAUGUUAGCUGAACACUUUCGCCAACUUGCGAUCGACAGGGAAAUAGAAGUGUUGAAAAGUGUCUUUAACUUUCUUCAUCGCAUCUUCUCCGAUUUGAAUUGCUAUUGGCACAAAGCCUACUUCUUGAUAGUAAAUGUUACACAGGAAGGAAUGGUAGCACGAUAUGGCGGCACUCUUAUGGUAGACAGGAAAUUCAAGUGCUGCCAUAUGUAGGAGUUGAGGACAAAAUGUUGCAACCAAGCCAUCAAGCCAUCCAUGAGAAUGUGGGAUUUUACCAAAGUGUUAAUUUGAAAUUUACUUUUAUUUUUAUCAUAUCUAUCAUAUAUCUGUUUCACAUCAAAAUUAACAAACAACUAAAAAUGAGGCCCAGUUUCAAAGUUGAUUUUCUCCUGAAGGGCUAAUUUGAUUUUGGUAACUUUAAGAUAGAAAUUUUGUUGAAUUUUCGGUUUUACAUGAUACAAGAGAGAAUAAGUAUUGUUCAUUGAUAUUUGAAACUGUCUGUAAGGUGCACCAGAUAAAAUAACGAGUAUCUACUUGAAUUAAACUAUAGUCUCUUCUUUUCCGAACAAUUUGUUUUUUGAUUUACACCGUUAUCUGUGUUAUUAAUUGAGAUACAAAGUUAUUGUAAAAAUUUAGACAGUAAUAAAAAGAAACUUAUGAUCCAACAAACAAACUGUUCAGAAAAGCCUCAUAUCGUACAAGGUGCUUCAAAUUUUAGAGAAAGAUAUUCCUUUGUAGAGAAUAAAUGUAACAUAUAAUUUAAAAAAAAUUGUUAAAAUCAAAUUAGUUGUUCGUGAUUUUUUAGGUAACGUUUUUGAGGCGAAAUGUAUUUCUUCAUUUCAACUUACUAUUUAUUUUUCAAUUUCUAUAGACGAUUAUGUGGAUGGAUAUAUGAUGGAUGUUUUAAACUUACUAUAUUUUACUAUAUUUAUGUUUGUUUCUAGGAGAGACAUAUUUUUGUACCUUGUUAUAUCUUAAUAAAACUGAAAGACACAAUAGUAGAUUA